ACACCAAUUAGAUCGGUAUUUCUUCCUUGUGCCGAGUGGCUACAAGUCGGCAAUCGGGAAUCAUCGUCAAACGUCGGUUCGGACCCGACGGUCUACGACGUUCUCCGAAUCUCCCGGCAUCGCUAAAAUAUGAAUGACGCAUGAGGAAAUGGUUGUUCUACGAUGUUUCUAACCAAUAAGGGAACAGAACUGUUGGGUUCAAAGUAACAUCAUAUCUUUAAAAUCAGUCAGUCGCUGACACGUCUUCGGGCUGGUUGUGUCUGCUUGUUGAUCGACGUACAUUUACUUUUUGGCGGAAAUAUCCAAGAAUGGGCUCCAAAAGCCUCGAAAUGACUUCCUCUGCACACGGGGCAGAGCGGGAUAGGCUGGGGAUAAUCGCAGUGCUGACGGCCAUAAUGGUGGCCGUAGUGGCGGUGCUUGUAGGUUUCUUCACCAUGUUUGUACUGGUGAGGCAGGGGGCGGAACUGACAGAAAUGAAGUCUCAACUGAAGGAUAUGAAAGCGCAGAUGCAGGAGAUGCGACAGUGGGGAGAACACCUGGAUACGCAGGUGAGUCCUCAGGGCCCAAGUGUCCAUGAGCAGCAGAAUGGAGCAGGGCGUGGCAAAAGCGCCAACUUUCUGUACGGAGCUGAAGUGCAUCACCGAGCUAAGAGAUCUGUGUCUAACAUCAGGAAUUUUGCCAACAAGAUUACACUACCCACGACUCUAGGAGGGUGCUUAGCCGGUGAGAGAGGAGAACCCGGAAGGGAUGGGAGAGAUGGACUCUCGGUCACCGGUCCGACCGGACCCCCUGGCCCACCCGGGCCUCCUGGUUCGUGUUGCUGUUCAAGUCCCAGCCCUGUACCUGCACCUGGUAAGCAUGUUGGGGUCCUGAUCAGUAGGCUUCAUUGGUAUAUGACCAUAAAAUACAACAUUUUCUAA